CAUCGAGCGCUUCCACUCAGUAAGAAAUGUCGGAGGCGCAACUGAACGAGCAGCAGGUCAUCGCCCAGUACAAGGGCAUGCGCACGGAGAUCCGCCAGCUCGCCGAAAAGCUCGCCGAGAUGGAGCUCGAGUUCACCGAGCACCAGCGCGUGGCCGAGACGCUGCAGGCGCUCGAUGGCCAACGCCGUGCGUUCCGCAUGGUCGGCGGCGUCCUCGUCGAGCGCACGGUCGGCGAGGUCCUUCCGGCCGUCGUCUCGAACGGCGAGGGUAUCGCCAAGGUCAUGGUUCAGGUCGAGGAUCUCCUCAAGCAGAAGGAAGCCGCGGCCAACGCGUGGCAAGCCAAGUACAACAUCCGGUCGCAGUAAGUCGCAGGCUUUGAUCCACGGACAAUGAACCAUCAAUACUACUCUACUAUCGAUACGACAUAUAUACCCAUCG